AUGGGUCACGUGGUCUGUACGUUCCUAAUAGCACUCUUGUUAGUCUCCACCUCGCUAACUAAGAGAUCCUUUGUGGUGGAUCACAAGGAGAACUGCUUCAGAAAGGACGGGCUCAAGUUUCAGUUCAUUUCCGGCUCUAUGCACUAUUACAGGAUACCAAGACCUUAUUGGAAGGACAGGUUACUAAAGUUAAAAGGGGCUGGAUUUAACACCGUUCAAACGUACAUACCGUGGAACCAACAUGAACCGGUGAAAGGACGAAUAGACUUCUCUGGAAGGAAGGAUCUCUUCUCUUACCUUAAACUCUGUUCGGAUCUUGGCAUUCUAGUCUUACUCAGACCAGGUCCGUUCAUUGCGGCAGAGUUCGAGUUCGGCGGUUUCCCAUCCUGGCUACCAACACAGAGUAAAACAAUAAGUUUCAGGACGUCAGAAACAGUUUAUCUGAAGAACGUUCUGACUUGGUUUAGUGAGCUCCUACCCAUGUUAGCACCGUACCUCUACCAACAGGGGGGACCAGUGAUUGGACUACAGAUGGACAUUUUGAAGCCCCUGCAAUCGGCAUUUGAUCACAUCGUGGAAUGCAACGCGAUGGACGAUCUAGAUUUCAGAUCGGACAUGAGCCAAAUGAUCGUCAAUUUAAACGACAAAUUCAAUGAUUUUAUAGCAACGAGGCUCAAUAUUUUAAAGUUUUAA